GAUUUAAGAAUAAAUUAUUAUCUUCUACUUUUUGGGCAAAAAAUAUUUUGUUCUUCAAUGAAAGCAUCAUCAGAAAGUUUUGUUGAAAAAUGUUUUUGUAAUCGUUGGGCCUUUAGUUUAAAACGAGCUAUGGAAGAUGAAAAGUCAGUUCCAAAAGAAGAUUAUGAAAAGUCAAUGUGUUUUCGUUUCAGAGACGAUCAAAUUGCUACUCUUGUUAGUCGACUUUUUCUUAGACAAGCAUCUAAACGUUUUACUGGAGCCAAAUGGGAAGAAAUUGAAUUUAAUAGAACACAAAAGGGAAAGCCUUAUUUGGUUAAACCUUCCGGAUAUAAUUUUGGAUUAAAUACUUCUCAUCAGGGGGAUUUGACUGUUUUUGCAAGUAGUUGCACUUCUGAGGUUGGUGUUGAUGUUAUGCGUCUCGAUAUGUCUCGUGGGGAUAAAACUGCUGAUGAAUAUAUAAAUUCAAUGGCAAAAUCUGCUUCUGCUGACGAAUUAAAAAAUAUGCGCUGUCAGCCGACUGAACAAAUGAAAAUGACCAUAUUUUAUCGAUAUUGGUGUCUGAAAGAGGCGGUACUCAAAGCAACAGGGCAAGGAAUUGUGGAUGAUUUAAGUCGCUAUGACUUUCGAAUUGAUACGAAUGAUCGAUACAAACAAGGAAAUUUUUUGACAUCAACAACAUUACUUGUUGAUAACGAAUUUCAACCAAAAUGGGUAUUUGAAGAGUCUUUUGUUGAUGCAAACCAUGUGGCAGCUACUUGUCGAACAAAAAAGCUUCCCAAAAGUUGUACGCUUUACUGCGACUCAGAUGCCAAUAAAAUGUUUUUCUCCAAAGUAAAUUUUGACUUUCUUCUUGACGGCUCUUGUAUUCUCAACCCUCUGCCGGGAAAUGGAUUGGAUGCCUACAACAAUUUUUUACAAAAACCCAAAAAGAAUUGA